AGAUCUGUAUCGUUCCUCCGUUGACGCUUGAAAUGAUCACCGACCUUCGUCUCUGAGAUCGAACUUCUCGUUCCUGCGGUUCCGGCAUGUCUUGCCUCAAACAGCUCAAGGAAAAACUCUCACAGAGCGGGAGGAAGGAAGUCGGGGACUGCAGUCUGCUCGCAGCUGCAUCCACCUUGCGGUCACCGGGGAAGGGCGUGUUUGCUCAGGCAUACGAGCUAGCGCUGAAGAGCUGUAUCCUUGCCCCCAUGUUCUCUCGGUUUGAUAUCAGGGGAGGGAAGGUCUUCCCUUCGGACGACCUGUUCGACUGCCGAAAGCUUCGAACUUUUCUCUUCUCCGUGGAUGCUGCCGACGUCCCGAGCUCCAACAACCAUCCCUUCUCAGAUUGGAUGGACAGGCUGAAGGACUACACAGGUACACAUGGUCUUUCCCCUGCCCCUCUCGUCCCUUGGAUCGUGCACAGCGGUACAGUGCUACACUCGCUCUCGUGCUGCCUGGUGGGCGUCGAGAUGUACUGGCACGCUCUGGCACAUGCUGUGCAGGCUGAGCUGCAAGGGGCGAACUCUGUCAAGUUUGACAGGAUCCUGAGGAAAAUGAGCAGCGAUGUGGAGGGAGCAUGGCAGCAGGUGCUGUCCUGUGUCCGGCUGAACGCCGGUGACUGUCCCCCCGGAGGAGAGGUUGAGUACCAUCCCGUCAUCCUGCA